GCAAAAGGCUGAAGUCGACUGAGAAGGAGCGCUGGAAGGUCUCAUUCAACGGCAGCAGGGACGACUAGAGAGAAUGUGAAUAUAGCUGUUAGGUGUAUAGUUGAAGAAUAGUAGACUGUUACAGUGAUGGACGUGAGAGAUGCUGCAGGAAGAUGGGAUGCUUUGAGCAGUCGAGACUCGAGCUCCAGAAACGCAGCGAUGGAGCUCAUUCACCAGGAGGUGAUCAAGAAGAUAGAGUCUAUUGGGCCAAUGCCAGACCCUCAGUGCUCUUCUCCUCCUCCAGCCAUGGAUGACAGCCUGUCCAGUGAUCUCAACGCACUCCUGGCCCAUGUCCUGAUGCUCUCCAAAAGGUGUCCUUAUGAAGAUGUCCGGGAGAAAUGCAUAUGCUUGCUCCAGAGGGUUCAGGAUGUUGGAGUGCGAAUCCCCAGACCAGUGGGAAAUGGACCAAGUAGAUUUAUACCAGAGAAAGAGGUUCACCGCAUCUCUACUCCCCUGUUGUCCCAGAUACUUCAAGUCAGUAAAUUGGAUGAAAGGACACAGUCGAUUUUUGAGGAUGCCUUUGCAGUGCUUGGUCGCCUUGACAACAUCUCCUUGGUCAUGGGAUUUCAUCCUCAAUAUCUGGAGAGCUUUCUUAGGACACAACAUUACCUCCUUCAGAUGGACGGUCCAUUGUCUCUGCACUGUAGACAUUAUAUUGGAAUAAUGGCUGCUGCUAGGCACCAGUGCACGUAUCUGGUCAACCUGCACGUGAAUGACUUCCUGCAGGUCGGAGGUGAUCCGAAGUGGUUGAAUGGUCUGGAAGAAGCCCCACGGAAGCUGCAGGCUCUCGGGGAGCUCAAUAAGAUCCUGGCCCACCGCCCCUGGCUGCUCACCAAAGAACACAUUGAGCAUCUGCUGAAGGCAGAGGAGCACAGCUGGUCCCUGGCUGAGCUGAUCCAUGCUGUGGUGCUACUCACACACUAUCACUCUCUGGCCUCCUUCACAUUUGGUUGCGGCAUCACCCCCGACAUCCACACAGACGGAGGACACACGUUCAGGCCGCCCUCACUCAGCGGUUACUGCGUUUGUGACAUUGCCAAUGGCAACGGUGCCCAGGAGGAUAUGUUUGGGAACCAGCAGGGGUCAGAAUCAUCUGGUGAGGUGGAAGUGCUCAUGGAGAGGAUGAAGCAGCUUCAGGAAUGUCGUGAUGAAGAAGAAGCCAGCCAGGAGGAAAUGGCCACUCGGUUUGAGAGGGAGAAGACGGAGAGUAUGCUGGUGGUCACCUCUGAAGAUGAGGAGUGUGUGCCAUCCAGAGAUGUUUCGCGACACUUUGAAGACCCAAGUUAUGGCUAUAAAGAUUUCUCCAGGAGAGGAGAACAUGUACCAACUCUCCGAGUGCAGGACUACAGUUGGGAAGAUCAUGGAUUUUCCCUGGUGAAUCGGCUGUAUUCCGAUUUCGGCCAGCUUCUGGAUGAAAAGUUUCAGAUUGCGUUCAAUCUGACGUACAACACAAUGGCGACACAUCAGGGUGUGGACACUUCCAUGCUCCGCAGAGCCAUCUGGAACUACAUCCACUGCAUGUUCGGGAUUCGGUACGACGAUUAUGAUUAUGGAGAAAUUAACCAACUCUUAGACCGCAGCUUUAAAGUCUACAUCAAAACGAUGGUGUGCAGUCCAGAAAAAAUUACCAAGAGGAUGUACGAGAGCUUCUGGAGACAGUUCCGGCACUCUGAGAAAGUCCACGUUAAUUUGCUUCUUAUGGAAGCGCGUAUGCAGGCAGAACUGCUUUACGCUCUGAGAGCUAUCACUCGCUACAUGACAUGAAGUGCUGUUCAUGUCGACCUUCUUAAUUAAUAGUUUACUGUUGUUGUUGAUGUUGCUACAGUGGGACACUUUAUUAAACAUAAAAACAACAAAAAAAUGGAAAAACAUAAAAUGGAGGAAGACGAACGAUUGAGUGGCCGCACUGGAGGACAAUGACAAGGUUGUUUUGAUAAAAGAAGGAAAAAAAAAACAACCACCAAACCUUACUUGCUGAAUUACUUGUGUGUCCUCUCAGCCUCCACUAGUGGGCGUCUGAGGGGAUUCUUUUCCUCGAGAGGACAAGCUGAGACGGCGAGCUUUUGGAGGCCAGGCCUCCUUUAGUAUUUCAAAUGCAUCUGCGAUAAGAUGCCAUAUAAUCAUAUCUUCUUUUUGUGAGAUGAGAUUAAAAAAAACAACACACACACACACAAAAAUAGCAACUCCAGCAAUGGUGCAGAUAGACUGCACUAACAUGCCUAUCUACUAGUAUUUUUUUUGUUUCAUAUCGUUUUAUAUUGUUUAUAAACAAAAUUUCAGCAGUGGCUAGAGAUAGAAGCAUUACUGAUUUUUGCAUAAACGCGUGCCUAGUCAUGCGCAGCACUGGCAACAGAUGCCGAGGUGCCGUCUGUUCAUGCUGCUUUUCUCAACUGAGAGGCCUCAAGACACCCAAACCAUCACCCAUUUGUAUAAGCUAAUCCAGGAACGAUUGUGUUAAUGUGAGUGUGAGAGCGCAAUUCAAAAGUAAUAGCUGUUCUGAGCCCUUCUUAUAGGUUACUGUACACCACUUUGUCACAUUUCCAAUGUGUAAAUGCUAUGUGAGGGAGGGGGAUUAAAAAAAUCCAAACAUAGGCUCUUUUUUCAUGCAUUUAAAAUAUCAAAGCACUUUUUUAAGAAAAAAAAAAUGUUAAGCUUCAGCUGUUAUGUAGCCAUUUUGUUUCGAUGACCGUUUUCUAUCUUUUUUUGUUAAUGUGUGUUCAUGACUUUUAAAGCGAAAAGGUCUUCCUUUUGUGAUGUGCUUCCUUUUGCUCUGAUCCAUCCGCCUUAUCUGUCUUCCUUGUAAUGCACGGUCAUCUUAACUCAAGCUUUUUUUUGUUUGUCAUUUUGGGGUUUAUUAUAACUAAAUACCUCCUGUUGUAUCCUUAAGUAUCUAAGUGCUGUCUGGUGAGCUGAACUUUUGUCUUACAAUGUUGUGGGCUGCAAUCUGUACAGACGUAGUCUCUAAGAACCAGGCGACCCGUGCGGCUGUGGGGUUAAAUGCUUGUUCUCAUUCUCAGAACUUUAACCAGUGUAACUAAGCAGUUUUGUUUCGAGUGAGUGUGUGUGUGUUCUUUUCAAGCAGGGUGGAUUCUCUGCUGUCUUUUUUUUUGUUUUGUUUACUAAAACCAGUUAAGUACUGCAUUCUGAUGAUGGCAGGACUAGAGGGAUGGUACUUUUUCCUUUGGAAAUGGAUAUGAGGAGGUUUUAAGUCAGACUUGAGAGACUGAUGUCAGUUACUGACGCUUUUAUAAGAAAAUAUUUGAUAAAAAAAGAAAGAAAAUAAAACAUUGUAUUUCA